AACAGGAAGUACUGUUUCAACUCCACUAUCUUGACGCUAUUUUGCGAAAAGAGCGUCAGACUCAUUCUCCCAUGACACAUUCUUCAAGUUUUAUUGUGGGGCUUGGUGAAAAAUAACCUUGCUUUUUCAGUGGUUUAACGUUAACUUACACCUUCCACUGACAUAUGCCGACAUCUUUUAAAUUCGUAGCGGUUUACGUUAGCUAGCCAAAUAAAGCCAUGGACAACCAUCCAACAGUAGGCAGCUAACAAGCCUAGCUAAUGAACCAGCUAACGUUAGCAUUAACAUUCUCCUAACUAAAGCAGAAAGCGCCAUUUUUGGACUUUCUUCGGGAUUUACACUCGUAGGAUAAGCUGCUGCUUAUAAUUAGCGUCAUAAUGUCUUCAUCUCCUUUCAUCCCGGUUUUAACUGUGGUUUGUAACGUUUGUGCCACUUGGAAAGACAAAAGUUGAACUUUAACCCCCUCCUCGACUUUCUCAGAAAGCACCAAAGAGCCUGAUCUCCAUGAUGUGGAUGUGUAUUGCUGUUUUCCUGCUGUGGAUGAAGUCAGGAGGAUGCACAGAGAAAGCGAACACAUCAGACCUGAUGGAAUACACAGCUGCAGACUUCUAUGAGAAAUUGCAUUCGGGGAAGAUGAUGUUUAUCUAUUUCGAGCAUCAAGUCUCUCCAACCAUCUCUCUCUUCUUGGUGGAGUUGGAGAAGUCUGCUGAUGCUCUGCAGGAUUAUGGAGUACUGGUUGGCAAGGUCAACUGCAAUAAAGAACUGGUUCACGCAUACUGCACAGAAGAGCGGGUGCUGCACACAGCGUUUCUGUUCAGGGGUGGUAAAGAGUUCUUGGGUUUUGAUUUGGACACUGUGUUUGACGUCAACUCCAUAGUCUCUGAAGUCCUGUUUGCCAUUCUGCGUGAAGAGGUCAAGUACGUUCACACAGACACUGACCUGCUGGCCAUGGAGAAGGCAGCCAGAGGGAAGAAGGAUAUCGUGCUGGGUUACGUCCGCAGUCUGGGAACACAAGAGCACAGAUCGUUGAUGGAGACAGCGUAUGUGUACGGAUCCAAAUACCAGUUCAUCCUUAUAACUGGAGGCCCAGUUUUGAAGCACUUAGGUGUUAAUGAGUUGUCUCACUCGUCUCGAGUGUGGUUCCUCCAUUGUAGAGUUCACAGUGGGUUUGUGAUCCCGAUGACGUGUCCUUUGACCCUUAUGAGGAAACCCCUGUCCACCCUCGGCCUCCACUCCUUUCUGCAGCUCAUGGAGACUCCACUGGUGUCUGAGGUUUACAACGACCCCUCCUCGGUCCAGCCCCCUCAGUUCCCCUACCAGCAGACCCCCCAGGUCUUCCUGUUCUCUCGUCCCACAACCGCACACCUGGACCUGGACACAGCCACCACUCUGGCCUGGAGGCUCCGUGGUCUUGCACUGCUGCUGCUUGUACACAGGCAGAGUCCCGCAGUGAAAACCCCCGAUGAAUACAAUGCUGCUUACAGGCUGCCUGAGAAGAGUUCAGAGGUGAAAUAUUUGACCUUGAACGACCUUGAUGAGGUGUUGGAGCUCUUUACAAAUCAAGAGGAAGAGGAUGAAGAGGAGGACGAGGAGGAGCAUUCCCAUUUUGGCCAUUUGGACGAUGAAAUUGCGGCGUCCGUCUACGAAAAUCGAGGCAACUUGCCGGACAUGGACUCAAUUACCCAACUAACCUCUGACAACUUCCACACCGCAGUAGCUCAAAGCAGCCUGACAGUGGCACUCUUCUACCUCAAAUGGGAUGCUGCUUCAAUGGCGUUUCUCAGCUCCUUCAUUGACGUUGCAGAGGGUCUUACAGAUUCCGAGGUCCAGAUGAGUGCGGUCGACUGUGGAGAGUGGACCGACCUAUGCGCUGCUCAGCCGGCCAGCUCCCUUCCGAUCCCAUUCCCGCCAAUCACGGCCUUCCCCAGCGUCUUACUGCUCCGCCCCCAGGAGACGGCCCAGCACUACAGAGGCAUGCUGGGUACUGAGGCGCUGCAUCGCUUCAUCAUGCUGAGCCACCCAGCUUCUCCUGUGCUACUGUCUAGCCAAGAAGAAGUGACAUCAUUCCUUCAGGAAGUGCCUCACCCAGAGCUAGCAGGCUAUACGCCUCACAGAGUAUUGGGACUGUUUGAAACACACAGAGGUGUACCACUGUUUACUGAAGCAGCAAAGUCAUUGAGAGGAGAGGUGCUGACUGGACUGCUGACAGAUGGGCUCGCAGAGAAAUGGGCAGCAGAGCACACUGUGGACCUUCCUGCAGUCUUGGUGUUUCCAUCUUGGAGGACACACACUCAUCCUACCGCGCUGCCUGUGUCCAACUCUGCUGAAGAGCUGCUCUCACACAUUAACACUGCUCUGCUGCAUCCACUGCCUGAGCUGACGGUGGAAAACCUGCCAUCCUUCCUCUCCCUGGGCAAAGCCCUCCUGCUCCUCUUUGUGGGAGAGGAAGAGGAUGAAUUUGGGCAAAGGCAGAACCAGGCGCUGAUGGAGGAGAUGAGAAGAGUGGUAGAGUUGGGAGGGCGGAGGAUGGAGCCAUACCUGGCCUGCUGGAUCCAUCUUGGCCGUACUCCAGCUGGUAUGUCUGUCCUGGGGUCAUACCUGGGCUCUAUGCCUCCCCUCCCUGCUGUGGUCCUCACCCAUUUGCCCUCUGGGGGUGAAAUCUACCAGUACCCCCCCAACAUGCCUAUAGGGGCCCCCUCUGUCCUACAGUGGCUGCAGAGAAUCGAGGAUGGGACUGAGUCAGCAGCAGGGUUGUUGGGUGAGGAUAGCUGGCCUCCUGCUGUCAAAUUCUACGACUUCCUGAAAAUCAUGGACAUGCAGGAACCCAACUCCGCCCAGCAGCAAACUCCUGAAGAGGAAGAGGAGGAGGAGGUGGACGAGAAAGAGGUGAACAUGGAAGAAGAUGUGUUAGAAGAAGCGACAGAUUCCUCCUCCAGCUCUCCCACUCCUAACAAUAACCCUCACUCUGAACUGUAACACAACAGGAUGGGAGGAAAAUGAUACUAAGCCGUUGGUUAAACAUGUUUGUUUAUUUAUUCUUCAGUUUUAUUCUUUUUACUAAUAUUAUUAUGCUGUAUUUAUCAUAGGAGAUUCAUUAUUUCCCUUUGGAUUUUAUUGCCAGAUUGGAAUAGAUGCAUCAAAAAGACCCACAAUGCAACAGAUUAAUAAAAGAGUUAAAGUCAGUUAUGAGUUAACACCUUCUGUGGGCGUUUCCUCAGGGGCUGUUUACGGGAAAGUUGCGUUUCUUCCUGCUGUGGUUUUGUGACAGAUUUCUGGUGAACUGAUGACCUGUUUAGCUGUCAACUCAUUACGUAUUAAGAUACAACCUGCAGCAUAGACACUAUGUGUCACCCUGUUGGUCAGUCCUGUGAAUUUAUUCCUUUUUUCUUCAGUUUAGCUAAACUGGUAAAGCAAACCACAGCACAUUUUGAACCUGAGGGAGGUGGUUCAGCACCAGGCUGGUUGUGGUUUCUCAAAAUAGUUUAUUUGAAAAAGUUACAAACAAAUUAUACAGUUUUUU